AUGUCUGAAAAAGCUCGAUCCGCUCUGAUUGAGUGGGAACCAGUAAACGACCAUUUGUUCUGUGCUUAUUUUAAACGAAAGUUAUAUAUCACUUCGGUUAUCAUUGUAUAUGCUCCAGCUUUAUGUGCAGACCAUGAUAAAUUCUGUGCGGAACUUCAACUACCAACAUCUCUACCGAGAUGUAACAUGGUCAUAACUGAGAAAACUAUCUGA